UUGUGUGUAUUUUAAACAGUCAAAGAUGCGUUACAUGUGCGCAAUGGGGCCGCGCUUUAGAAACGCAUACUAAAUGCGUUAGUAUGUCAAAAUACUAGCUCGGCUUAGUUUAAUAUAAUUAACAUACGUGCAGUGUUAUUAUAUAAUUUUGUCACACGACAUGCUUAUGUUUUAAAUGUUUUUAUUAUUAUUAUUAUUAUUUUUUAAAUUUUUUUAUUUAUUAUUAUUUAGUCGUGUGCAUAUGCGUUACUUUCACGCUAGCGGUUGUCAGAAAACCGGAAGAUCCGGUUGAAACGGUUAAAGAAGAAGAAGAAGAAGAAGGUCGCCCUCUAGUGUGCUGUUGAGGUAGUGUGAUAUAGCCGUGAUAUAGUUGGAGAAAACAUCGUUGCUAUAGUUAUGAACAACCUCAAACUUAAGCCCACACUGGCCAAAAGACUGUCAACAUCUUCACUGAACCAUCAGAGAAACAUAAGAUUUGGUGAAGCGUCUUUUGAGCUUUUAUCAGACUUCCUGAGCACCCUUAGCAACCAAAACAAGUCGAGCUUGGAGAAUGUUUCAAGUGUGUGUGGGAAUUUUAAAGACAGAAGAGUAGUUGAACAUGCAUUCCUUAUUUGUGAGGAGUUUAGACUUGACCCUUUAGUGGCUUAUCAUGCCAUUGAAAUACUAGAGAGAUUUAUGCUGAAGCACAUUGAGAAUGUAUUAUCUCAGCAGAAGAGUGAGGUGUGUGACGGCAGUGUGUGUGCAGCCAGAGGAACCUACGAAGAGCUGGUCUUUCAGAGUCUGAGAGACAAAUUCUGUCUCUUCAUUAUUUCAAGCGUGCAAAUCGCCAGCAAAGUAACCCUACAUACCAAUGUGAUUGAGAACAGUUCUGCAUUGAGAUACCUUCAGAUGGUUGGUACUGACUGCCCCAAACAGAAAAUAUUAGACUCAGAACUUCUCAUCUUGAAAACUUUGGACUUCAAAGUGAACAUUCCAAAUCCUCUGUCAUAUGCGGAGACUCUCCUAGAAGUUCUUGGCCACAAUGACCCGACAACACCUGUUGUACACUUGCAUCACCUGUGCAGGUAUGUUCUUCAAUUUGUUUACCUGCAGAGAGAGUCAAUCUACAGCUCAUUACUCAUGGCUGUAACUGGAUGUCUCAGCCCCUCUCCAGAUCAACGGGCCAAGUUUGUGCCUGUGACUGAAGAUUGCAUGUUGUUAGGGGUUGGAGUGAUUGCUGUGGCUGCUUUCAUCUACCAAACAUCUGCUUGGGAGAAGGUAGUGGAAGAGCUCACUCUGAUCACUGGUAUCUCAGCAAAGAGCAUCAUGGACUUUACUCGUGUGACCGUCAUGCACAUCACCAAGAACAAAGUAAAAUAACCCUAAUGAAACAUUUGAUCAGAAAACUUUGACCAGUAGUGUUUGAUCAGUAGUGUUUGAUCAGUAGUGUUUGACCAGUAGUGUUUGACCAGUAGUGUUUGGCCAGUAGUGUUUGACCAGUAGUGUUUGACCAGUAGUGUUUGAUCAGUAGUGUUUGGCCAGUAGUGUUUGACCAGUAGUGUUUGACCAGUAGUGUUUGAUCAGUAGUGUUUGGCCAGUAGUGUUUGAUCAGUAGUGUUUGAUCAGUAGUGUUUGAUCAGUAGUGUUUGAAGGAGACUAUUUCCUACAGAAAUAACUGUGCUAUUUUCGAAAUGCAAAAAGUAACUCACUGUCCCAUCAUUGUGUAAAAAGUAGCUCAAACGUAGUUAGAACGGAAAGUUUAAAUAUUGAUAGAUAAAAUUUGAGCUCCCAUCUGUUAUUAUUUGGUGAUUUAUGAUAUUGCACUGCAUUGUUACAAUUUUCAAUUACAUGCUGAAUAAAUUGGUCAAGUAGAUUUUUAGAUCCGUGAUUUGAAAUCAGUGGACAGUACUGUUGUCAUGGUAACUCCUAACUGGGCUCAUUUCCUCACUCGAGCUUGCUGAGCUUGAAGUCCAGCCAGAGUGCCAGAGGGGUCAGUGUCCAUGUUUUUUUUUUUUUUUGUUUUGUUUUGUUUUGUUAUUUAAACCAGUGUUUUCAUUUAGCAGUAGCAUGAUGCAUUAGUCUGCCCUCAGAAUUGAAAAUGUUUAAUGACCCAAUCACACAAUGAAUCAAAAAUUGUAGAUUGUGUUAAACUGGUCUGUGACAGUGAUACUCCAUUACAUCAAAGUGAGCCAAAUCUACAGUCACAAUCAUUUUACCACGCUCCACACUGACACUUAAGCACCUGCACAAAGAACAGACAUAUAUUUGAAACCAUAACCCAUGGCUAGCAUACAUACACAACCAUGGUAUAAGAAUUAUUUUAUGGGCCAUUUGUCUAUAGCUUUAAGGCUGCUUGGUUCUUCCUUGGUUUGUAGUCACUCACAAAAAGGCAUCGGACUUAAUGUGGAUUAAAAUUAAAAAUUAAAAAUUAAAAAUAUGUGGAUUAAAACCCAGAUUUGUCCGUAGUGUAUGAAUGGGUGUGUGAGUGUGUAUGUGAUUGUGCCCUGCGAUGGAUUGGCACCCUGUCCAGGGUGUUCCCCGCCUUGUGCCCGAUGCUCCCUGGGAUAGGCUCCAGGUUCCCCAUGACCCUGAAAAGGAGUAAGCGGUAUAGAAGAUGGA